GGAAUGGCUGUGCAAGUACUUAUCUACAUAAACUUGCACUGAUUCUAUCAACUGACAAUCUGGGGUUACAGAUCCCUGGUCUCCUCCUGCCCUGGAAGGUCCACCAAUGGCCGGCCUAUUUGGCCCGCAUCUGUGCUCGAGUAGCAACCUCAUGUCGAGUCCGGAGGUAACCAGCACUAUUUCCGCCCAUUCUAUUAUUGACAUCUCGACUCACUCCGACAUCUGAUCCCUUUCAACUUGUUCGUUGAAGAAAGUGCUCUGCACAGUUCGUGGUCAUAAUCCAUACAAUUUCUUCAAUAAAAAUUCUCAUCAUCUACUUCCUAUCACGAGUUCUACGGAGUGAGUACUUAGCCAGUCGGCAAUAAGGACUGACGUAUGCAUUCCCCUCUCUUUGACAAUCAUCGAGCUCUCGACGACAAUUCAUCCAGUUUCUUUGGGAGUUUUGAUCUUCUCCUUUAUCAGCCAUCUGAACUAACAAUUAUUAACAUCAGAACUCGCCAACAUGGGCAUCCUCUUCCCAUCCCAGGAUACACUUCACGAUGUAUUCCACCCAGCCACCCCCUUUGGCAGACCUUCGAUCUCGAACCUUCCAGUCCAAGAGCUUCCCCAAGCGCCCAAAUCAAACUCCUUAGACAAGUAUACUACUUGGUCCGUCGUUGAAGAUGCAAAGAAGAAGGCCGAAAAGUUAAGCGCGGAAGCGACCAAGGAGUUUGAGUUGGCAAGCGAGAAAGCUAGAGCUAAGGCCGGUCAUAUUGAGUUGUACACUGCUAAGUAUUAUGCGGCUUGUACCUUUGGAGGACUCUUGGCUUGCGUAAGUAUCUAUUGAUAUUUUCUUUUCUGUUCCUUGAUCGUGAGGAUACUUGGUUGAAUGAUGGGGUUGGGUGAAUCAAAUUGUUCAGAUAAUGUUGCCACGAUCGAGAUAUUGGACUUCGAUCAUUACGACUUUCGCGCAUGAUCUUUCGUUCUCCUAAAUCUUCUUGUCCAGUUUCUUUAAACCCGAAAAUCAUUCUUCUCGUUUCGCCCAAAGUAUCUCAGACCCAAUUGUUCGCCUAACGUCAUCCAGGGACUAACCCAUACCUUCGUCACCCCUCUUGAUCUCGUAAAAUGCCGCCGUCAAGUCAAUUCUAAAAUGUACACUGGCAACUUUCAAGCCUGGGGUAAAAUCGGUCGUGCAGAAGGCUUUCGAGGAAUUUACACAGGCUGGAGUCCAACCUUUUUCGGAUACUCAGCCCAAGGUGCCUUCAAGUAUGGAGGAUAUGAGUACUUUAAAAAAUUCUAUUCGGAUAUUGUGGGACCUGAGAAUGCGUACAAGUACAAGACUUCCAUUUAUUUGGUUGCUAGUGCUAGUGCUGAGUUUAUUGCUGACGUUGCGUGAGUACUUUCCCUCUUAUCUUGACAUGGAGCCUUCUAUUUGUCCCAAGGAGAAAUGCUGCGUGCUAAUUCAUUAAAGAUUAUGCCCAUUCGAGGCUGUAAAGGUUAGAAUGCAAACCACCGUUCCACCAUUCGCCAAGGGUACAAUCGAUGGUAUCAGCCAAGUCACCGCAAAGGAAGGUUACGCAGGUCUUUAUAAGGGAUUAUAUCCUCUCUGGUAAGUCAACCCCCCACAUAAUAUCCUUCUUUAGCAGACAUUUACUCAAAUAUGCUUGCACUCCAAAAAUAUACUAACCACUUACCUUCAACUUUCAGGGGCCGACAAAUCCCCUACACAAUGAUGAAAUUCGCCUCCUUCGAAACCAUCGUUGAAAUGAUUUACGACCGUCUCCCAGGCCAAAAAUCAGACUACAGCAAAGCCGCGCAAACCGGUGUCUCUUUCACGGGUGGUUACCUAGCUGGUAUUCUCUGCGCUAUCGUCUCGCAUCCUGCUGAUGUUAUGGUCUCGAAACUUAAUGCUAACCGUCAACCGGGUGAGGCUUUUGGUGGUGCACUGGGACGCAUCUACAAGGAUAUUGGUUUCAUGGGACUCUGGAACGGAUUGCCGGUAAGAAUUGUGAUGAUUGGAACGCUUACUGGGUUGCAGUGGAUGAUUUAUGUGAGUUUUGUUUUCUGGAUUUUGUGGUGGAGUGAGAGUGUGCUGAUAUAGUGUAGGAUUACUUUAAGAUUUUCAUGGGCUUGCCUACUACUGGAGGUGCUGCUCCACCUGUGGAGAAGUAAAUAAUAAUAUUAAGAUGGCGGGUCCAUAGGAGAGCAGAUGGGAGAGACAAUAGUGGAAACACAGAACCAGGGGAUUAUGUUGGUAUAUUCUUUGAAUUUUUUCGUUUGUUACUGAAUUAUACCCUCGUACCCAAGUCUGGUUUAUUCAAGCGUACGUUCUGUUCUAGCAUAGUGCUUGCUUAUUCAGGUCGCCCAGAGACAGUUCUUCAUAAUAAUUUCUUAUAAAGAUGUAUGUAAUUUCUUACUGCUAAUAUAUUACCUGAUUCUCGUGG